CUUAGCCCAACGAGGCAUUAGCGUUCCGGCUGAGGCUCCGCCGGAGAGUCCACGGGUUUUGGUGGCUGCGAAGAUGGGGGCGGUGGGCGUAGGGAUGGUGGACUGUCAUUGCCACCUCUCCGCCCCGGACUUUGACCACGAUCUGGAUGAUGUGCUGGAGAAAGCCAAGAAAGCCAAUGUUAUGGCUCUUGUGGUGGUCGCUGAACAUUCAGGAGAAUUUGAAAAGAUUAUGCAGCUUUCAGAAAGGUAUAAGGGGUUUGUCGUGCCAUGCUUGGGUGUUCACCCAGUUCAAGGAGUUUCACCAGAAGACCAAAGAAGUGUCACAUUAAAGGAUUUGGAUGUAGCUUUGCCCAUUAUUGAGAAUUAUAAGGAUCAGUUAUUGGCAAUUGGAGAGGUUGGACUGGAUUUCUCCCCCAGAUUUGCUGUCACUGAUGAACAGAAAGAAGAGCAAAGACAAGUCCUAAUCAGACAGGUCCAGUUAGCCAAAAGACUAAAUUUGCCUUUAAAUGUUCACUCACGCUCAGCCGGAAGACCUACCAUCAGCCUCUUAAAUGAGCAAGGUGCUGACAAAGUGUUGCUGCAUGCGUUUGAUGGUCGGCCAUCUGUCGCCAUGGAAGGAGUAAAGGCUGGGUACUUCUUCUCAAUUCCUCCUUCUAUCCUAAGAAGUGGGCAGAAGCAGAAACUUGUGAAACAGUUGCCUUUAACUUCAAUUUGCUUAGAAACGGAUUCCCCUGCGCUGGGACCAGAAAAACAGGUACGGAACGAGCCCCGGAACAUUUCCAUUUCAGCAGAAUAUAUUGCCCAGGUGAAAGGGGUCUCAGUGGAAGAAGUUAUAGAUGUGACAACACAGAACGCGUUGAAACUGUUUCCCAAGCUUCAGCGGCUGCUCCCAAAAUAGCCUCUGAACCAAACCACCUGCAGAGGGCAGUGUUUGAGAAAAAUAAGUGUCCUGACGCGUCUCAACUGGAGAAGCCACCGGAGAAGUAUCAAGAUGGGGAAGAUUAUAAUUUUAGAGAGAAGUUUCUCUCAGAAGGAAAACUGGGCUUAGAUCCUGAAACCCUGGGUUCAAAUUCUACCUUGCACAGCUUUUCAUUUCAUGAACUCAUAGCAGGAGAUGGGGAACACUGCUGCCUCUUACUUUGCCCGUUAAGAGCAACCACCCAAUGAACUGAAACCGUUUCUUCUGGCGAGGGUGGCUCCCACAGAUAAGAAAUCAGCGCUACUGUGAUGGCAUGGAACAGGCCACAGUUUGAUUCUCUACCACCUCUUUGAUUUCCCAAAGGAUUUAUCCAGUGACAGGAGAGUAGCUAGUUUCUUCUCCUGUCAAAAUCCUGUCUUUUCUGGGUUUGCAAAACUGAACUUUGCAUUUUGAAUUCUCUAAGGGAAAAAUGAUCAAGGUUUUUAUAUUGAUCUUAUAUAUUGAUUCUGACUUGUGAAGCCAGUGGUUUGUACAAUCAUCAUUAAACACCAAGCCCCAAAGUUUAGUUACUUGAUUUUAAGUUCCAGUCUGAAUUUUUUCACCUGUUCAAAAUGUAACUUCAUUAAAAAUGUAUCUGACAUUUUUGCAUGCAGUAAUAUUUUACAUUCUUAAGUUUUGAAAAUCUCAGGAGUGAAGAGAAUCUUGUACAUAGUGGUGAUGGUAGCACAACAAUAUGAAUAUGCUUAAUGCCAAUAAACUAUACUGGUAAAAAUUA